UGGAAAACCCCAAGUCAAUCAUCUUUUGCUUCCUUGUUUGAGGCAUUAUUUCCUGAUACCUUGGCAGUUUGGUUAACUCAACUACCGAUGUUUCCGUUUCUCGUGUUUUGUCAUGUUCUUCAAGUUAUCCUGAAACUCGAUCAACUACCUGGAUUUGCUCAGCAAUAUUGGUUGAAAACCUAUGUUGUCUCGUUUUGUGUAGCUUUUGGUGGCAGCACUAUUGCCCAUAUCCUUUGUGGGAAAGUGGUUCCUUGGUUAUCUUUUCCCAACGACCGACUGGUUGCUACAACCUUUGUUGCUUGGUGGUUGGUUCACUGUCUUCCUUGGUUUCAUUUAGUUUCUCGUUGGAGCUUAGUUCGAGCAACUAUUGCUGGAUUAGCUGCGGUUGCAAAAGCUCGUUCCAUCAUGCAGUUCAUCGAUGAUGUCCACAAAUGGUUUCCUAUUGGUGGAGGUGUGUUAGGGAAUGUAGUUUUGGGUACUAUUGCGGGUUGUGGUGGUAAUCUUUUUCUCAUUGUCGAAGAAAAGUGGCGAGUUGGUUCAACUUGCAGUGUAUCGGAGCUUUCUCGUCCCACCCACAACCUCAAGUCAGCAUUCUGUAUUUCGUUGAUAUACACCGUUGCUCGACGGAAAAGAUGGCAAUACGGUAACUAUCUUUCAUUACAAUGGGAACCGUGGUUACCGUUAUCCCGUGUUUACAAGUGUAUUUGUUUGUUUAUGUUUGUUCACUCGUGGGUGGAAGAAUAUACUGGCUGUGUUCACUUAUUUGGGCUGUUGUUAUCACCGAUUGAGCAAAUGGCUUGUUCAUUGUUUCGUAUCCGUGUAACCGUUGACCCCCGAACAACAAGUUCUGUGGCAACCGUACAUGAGGUCGUGGAUUCGACGAGUACUAGUUCAAUGAAAACCACCAGUGCUUUGGCAUACGUAAAACAGUAUUCACCUAUGAAAGGGAAGACAAGUUAGAUUCUAGAAAUUAUUCCUAGGAAUGAAUAAUCUGAUAGAGAAGAUGUGUAGAAGAAAUUGACAACAAGAAUCCAGUUUGUACAAGGAAGAAUCCCCUUUUUUCUCUCUCUCUCUCUCUCUCUUCUCUGUGUGUGUGUGUGUGUGUGUGUUG